UGUACCACAGCACAAAACAGUAGCAGUAAAUGAGAUCUGAUUAUAAAGCUCCUCCGAUUCCCUUCAGCAAAACACCUAGUUUGUAUUUAUUUAAAGGGCUGUUCGAUAGAUGCUGUUGAAUUGUGAUGUUGCUGGUAUAGAAGCUAUGAAUGUGUCUCAGUAGAUUCAAUAUAGAAUAACCGACUGCUUGAAGGACUGUAGAAUGAAGGUGCUUUUGUACGGUCUGAUGCUCUUUGCCUCCUGCGGGGUGGUAUCUCCUGCACGGGUGUUUAAGACACUAUCCCACCUAAAAGCCCAGAUGAAUGAUGAUGUGCAGACGGCAGCUGUACAGGAUUUGCUGCGCAGACUGAUUGGUGACCGGGCGGAUGAGUUUUCUGUGACUGUGGACAGCACCUUGGCUGGGAAAGAAGGUUUAGACACCUACCGGUUGAGCUCUUUGCAAGGGGGCAGGGUGGAAGUGGUGGGCAGCACUGGGGUAGCAGCUGCCACUGGAUGCUACAGCUACUUGAAAUAUUACUGUGGGUGCCACAUAUCCUGGUCUGGUGUUCAACUGCAAGUGCCAUCACCCCUCCCUCCAGUUAAAAAUCCAGUCAUUGUCAAAACGUCCAACAGGUUCCGUUACUAUCAGAAUGUCUGCACCUCCAGUUACUCCUUUGUGUGGUGGAACUGGGAUCGCUGGGAGAAAGAGAUCGAUUGGAUGGCACUAAAUGGCAUCAACAUGCCCCUUGCGUUCACAGGCCAAGAGGCCAUUUGGCAGCGGGUUUAUUUGUCUCUGGGUCUGAAACAAUCCGAACUUGAUGAGUUCUUCACUGGACCAGCAUUUUUGGCCUGGGGUCGGAUGGGUAAUAUCCAUACCUGGGGUGGUCCUCUACCUUCUUCCUGGAUGGAAAGGCAACUGUACUUGCAGUACAAGAUCCUUAACAGAAUGAGAUCCUUGGGAAUGAUCACUGUGUUGCCAGCCUUUGCCGGACACAUCCCACAAGGCAUCCUAAGGGUGUAUCCCAAGGUCAAUGUGACUAAACUGGGUGGAUGGGCUGGAUUCAACUGCACAUAUUCCUGUAGCUAUGUUUUGGAUCCUGAAGACCCCAUUUUCCAGAAGAUUGGUGGACUUUUCAUGAGGGAGAUGAUAAAGGAGUUUGGAACUGACCAUAUCUACAACGCAGAUACCUUCAAUGAGAUGACCCCAACAUCAAGCGACCCAGACUAUUUGUCUGCCUUCAGUGGAGCUAUAUUUAACUCAAUGGUAAAAGUGGAUCCUGGGGCCAUUUGGUUGAUGCAAGGAUGGCUAUUUGUUAAUUGUCCUACGUUUUGGAAGCCAGCCCAAAUAAAAGCACUGCUCCAUGGGGCACCCAUUGGAAGGAUGAUUGUUUUGGACCUGUCUGCAGAGACUGUGCCAGUUUACACAAUGACAGAGUCUUUUUAUGGGCAGCCAUUUAUCUGGUGUAUGCUCCAUAACUUUGGUGGCAAUCAUGGUUUGUUUGGCCAGGUUGAUUGCGUCAAUAAAGGACCAUUUGAAGCUUUAUCCUUCCCAAAUUCUACCAUGGUCGGCACAGGGAUCACGCCUGAAGGAAUUGAACAGAAUGAUGUAGUAUAUGAAUUGAUGAAUGAACUUAGUUGGAGUUCCAGACCCCUAAAUUUGACCCAGUGGAUAACUGGCUACUCGGACAGGCGGUAUGGAGAAAGUAAUCCCAAAGCCCAAGCUGCUUGGCAGAUCCUCCUCUGGAGUGUCUACAAUUGCUCACAGAUAUGGAAGGACCACAACCACAAUACACUGGUACGAAGACCAUCACUACGGAUGAGAACAGACAUCUGUUUCAAUAAAACAGAAUUUUUUGAAGCAUGGAAGCUUAUGCUUGAUGCAUCCUCCACUUUAGCCAAGAGCAGAACAUUCCUUUACGACUUAGUGGAUGUCACUAGGGAGGCUGUGAUGUUGCUGAUGACUAAAUACUAUUUAAACAUCGUAAUAGCAUAUGAAACCCAAUCUUUAGAAAAUCUAAUGAUAGCAGGAGGAACUCUUGUUUAUGAGCUCCUUCCUGAUCUUGAUGCACUCCUUUCCAGCCAGCCACAGUUUUUGCUUGGUCGGUGGUUGGAGGCAGCCAGUUUGAUGGCAACUACAGAAGAGGAAGUUGCUCUUUAUGAUAUGAAUGCCCGCAAUCAGAUCACAUUGUGGGGCCCUACUGGCAACAUUUUGGACUAUGCCAACAAGCAAAUGGGAGGGUUAGUAAGGGACUAUUAUAGGAAACGGUGGAGCCUCUUUGUGCAGUACCUUGUAGAGAGCCUUAAUACUGAGGUGCCCUUCCAUCAGGAAAAGUUUAAUCUGGCAGUCUUCCAAGUAGAAAAAGGAUUCAUCUUCAAUGGCAAAACAUACAGUCCUCAUCCCAGUGGAAACACUUUGGAGAUUGCCAAAAAGAUUUUCCUCAAGUAUUACCCAUGAUACAUUUUUUCAGGUGGGUGAGAAAAAGAUGGUGAAAACUCGACUUAAAUUUUACUAGUUCUUGAAUUGCCAUCUAAUGGUCUAAAUGAAAUUACAUCAUCAACAUUUAACCAGAAUACACUGCAGAAUUAGAAAGAAGUGCAAAAGUUGGCAAAAAUGUUGGACAGCAUUUGAGUGAUACUUAUUAAUCACCAAAGCAUGUGCCACAAUCUGCUGGUACAUUAUAAAAGACUAUUUAGAUGUCUAUCUCUGAAGAAAAUAGAAACAAAAUAAAAUGCAUUAUCUCUGUU